AGAAUGGCAAAAGUGACAUAAUUUGUCCUCAUUGAUUCUAUUUUCUAUGUUGCAAUUUUACUUGGACAAGGCACAACUGACGUCUCUUUGUCGUAGUUCGACUAGUCACAAUUACAGAUAUCUCGAAUGAAAAUCUGAACUAUUCAAAAUGUAGUUCUGACUGUCAGUAAGACGUUGUUUAUAUCUACAAUGCUAAAUCUGAUCGUUAAACGUGGCUUAAAAGCAUCGUUUUAGGACCACCUGAAAGUGCGUGUGACGUCAUGGUGAAACUUUUUCUAUUUAACACACUUGACAAAAUACGGUUGUGUAAAUAGGAAUUCAUUCCAUGUAUAUAGCAGUGAACGUGGCAAAAUUUAACAUUUCAAAUGAAUUAAGUUGCGUCAGCGUCUCAGGCUAGUGUGACGUAAGCCAGCCCAGAGUAAACCCGGAAGGUGUGACGUCAUCCUCCGAACAAACGGCGUGUUUCUUCGCGAUCAAUUGCGUGGAAUUCGCUCUCGGCGACCUCAUGGCUUCAGAUGACAUUGCCCAGCUGGUUCAUGCGCUUUCAAAGACGCAUUUAGGGGAUGGAGAGCUAAGCUAUAAAGGCUUGGGACUGAAGCUGGACAAGGCAGAGUCAGUGGAACGACUGGUGCAGGAGAUAGAACAGUACCAGGAUUUGAGAGCUUUGCGCUUGGAGGGUAACACCUUGGGUGUGGACGCAGCCAGAGCCAUUGCCAAGGUGCUGGAAACCAAACAACAGCUCCAGAGAUGUUACUGGAGUGAUCUUUUCACUGGAAGACUGCGCUCUGAAAUCCCAAUGGCCCUGAAAUCAUUGGGGAGUGGAUUAAUGACCGCCGGGGCCCGUCUGACGGUGCUGGACUUAAGCGACAACGCUUUCGGUCCAGAUGGUGUAAAGGGGAUCGACCAGCUGCUGAGAAACACCGCCUGCCACACCCUGAGGGAACUGAGGCUGAAUAACUGUGGAAUGGGAAUCGGAGGCGGAAAGAUCUUAGCUGAAGCACUGACUGAGUGUCAUAGACAGUCAUCAGCUGAGAGAACGCCACUCACACUGAGAGUAUUUGUUGCUGGGAGGAACCGCUUGGAAAACGAAGGAGCCACUGCCUUGGCCAAGGCCUUUCAGUUGAUGGGCAGCCUAGAGGAGGUCCACAUGCCCCAGAACGGGAUCAACCAUGCAGGGGUGACAGCUUUAGCUUCAGCGCUGCGGCACAACAAAGAUCUCCGCGUGCUCGACCUCAACGACAACAUCUUCACAAAGAGGGGAACGCUGGCUAUGGCUCAAGCUUUGGGACACUUGAGGAAUGUCCAAGUGAUCAACUUUGGUGAUUGCCUGGUCCGUUGCGAAGGUGCCAUCGCCCUGGCAGCAGUCCUCAGAGAAGGGUUGCCGGUCCUCAAAGAGCUGAAUUUGUCAUUCGGUGAGAUUACAGAGGCGGCAGCCCUGGUGGUGGCUCAGGCGCUUGUGGACAAGCCUCACAUGGAGAAAGUGGAUCUGAAUGGGAACUGCCUGGGCGAGGAGGGUUGUGAGGCCCUCAGGGAAGCUAUGGAGGCCCAAGACAAAGCAGACAUGCUGGGCUCACUUAGUGACGACGAGGGAGAACCUGAUGAAGAGGAUGAUGAUGAUGACGAGGGAGAACAUGAAAAUGACGAUGACGCGAGUAUCGGAUAUGACGCUUGCAAUGAGGAGGAGUUUGUGAAAGAAAAUGGAAUGACGGCAAAUGAAGAGAGUCCUUCUAAAUCCCAGUGUCCUGAGGUCUUAUCUUUCCUUCAAUGCCCGUCUGCCGAGAAGCUUCUCCAGCUGGGAGAAAUGAGGAGACAUCUGCUACCAGAGGUGAAUAUUUUGUAUCCACACAAGGCUGUCGAUGUCCUUCUCAAAGUGGCUUCUUUGUACAGCGAGGAACCAGUGGCAAAGACGACAGUCUUGGAAACCUUCGACAUGCUGUUGAGGAAGCUUCUCUCCAGUUCAACUCUCCAGGCUUACAUCACCUUCUCCACACUGCUAGUCCACAUAGGAGUCCUUAAGGGAGAAGGGAAGAGGAAAAAGGUGCCGCUAGUACCGGGCCACUUGUUGUGUUUGGAGCAUGCAGUCCAGCAGGACUACUUAGCCCAGCACUACGCUUCACUGGUUCACACCAUCCUGUCCAAGAACCUCGAGGCUCUCAAGUCAUGCAGCAGCAGUGUGGAGAGGUUAAAUUCCGCACUUGAGAAGCGAUGCCUUGACUAACCCCGAUUAACCACCAUCCAGAUACACACUGGGAUAGAUUUCCUCCAAAACAAACGCUUCUACAACCACUGUUUGCCACUCAUUUGUACAUUUCUAAGGCUGUCCAGCAUCUCCUCAUUUUAAUGUUUUAUUUUUUCUACAAUUUAUAUUUUUAUAGAAAAUACAAAGAUAACAAAACAGAGAUGGAGUUGUUGGGGCGAGAUGGAAGUUUACAGUAAACUGGCAGCUUUUUGUUCUGUUUUGGAAGCAUGCACUUUUAUACCAAUUCAAAAAGGGAUUUGUCUCAUUCAUUCAGGCAUAUCUUAUGCUGAAUGCACUAGAAUUGUACAAUGAAAACUGGUCUUUAUUCUUUUGGUGUCUACUGUUUGAAAAAAUUAAAGGACCAAUUUGCACUGCAAGUCGCAAUGCUCAGUUGCAAUAAAAUGUCAAUAUUAAUACUUUACCGCAUCCAUUGACAAUUGGUUUACAAUCUGAACAUAAAUGGACUUCAUGUGGGUGGGUUUCAAUUCACGCAGUCAUAAUAACGCUCACAAAAUAUACAGAAGUGCGUCACUUGAUCCAGCCCUAAAGAAAACAAUGACACUGUUCAAAUGCAUUUAGAUUUUUCUCCUUGCUCAUUCAAUGUUUGAAGCUGUUGACCGGACACCAUGACGACAUUUUGUCAUUCAUCAUCAAGCUUAAUGAGAAAAAGUCACAUGAUCCUCUUUGACUCUCGUGUGCAAUUCCAUAGUUACCUCAUACAUUAUUAUAUGUAUUACAUAUUUGAGCAUUCAAAGUUAACACUAAUAGCUUUGACAGUAAUGCAUCUUGAGUUUACUGAAUUUUUACAAAUA